AUGACAGAUGGAUUCAUUGAUGCAUUUUUAGUAUGGAUCCGUUCUGCACCACUUAUGAGUUCUGUUAACUCUUUUGAAUUUGAUCAUUAUGCUCCGCUAAUAGUGCCUGUUAAUAAUGAAAACUUAUUCUUUGCUCAAUCAUCUUAUCUUACUGAUGUAUCCAUCACAUUAAAAGAAUUACCUGAUUGUGUUCGUUUAUUGAAUCAACUGGGCUCCCAAUUAUAUUCAUUUACUGUGAGCAUUGUAGACGUUUGUGUAGGCAAUAUCGAUAUUACAUCUGAAAUCGAAUCAAUUUAUUGUUGCAACUUAAAAAAAUUAAAAAUGACAAUAUAUCGUAAUAUGUUAGCCUAUGAAAAAUAUCUUAUUCCUCUUUUACAACAUUUAUCAAGUGUCAAAUAUUUAACAUUGCUAUUAGCCAUUUAUAUAACUGAAUCAAAUCGUUUUGUUGAUGGAUUUCAUUUAGAAAGAAAUAUUGUUUCAUACAUGCCUCAUUUAUGUCAAUUUGAUUUUCAUAUUCGUUCAGUAUUAAAAAAAUCCCCUUAUAUCGAACUUGAUACCAUUCGUCAAAGUUUUGUCAAACGAAAAUCUGUGGAUUGCACAAUUGAAUAUUUCAAUAAUCGAUAUGGUCAAUGUCACAUCUAUUCACUUCCCUUCAUUGGCAAUCGUCUUGAUUUUAUUUCGAAUCGAUUUCCACUUUUUGAUAAUAAAAACACAUUUAUCAAUGUUACUAUGUUAUUACUUUUUGAUGAUGUUAAACCUUUUGAAAAUGUUUUCUUUGAACAUAUUACACUUGCUUUACCUCAUCUUCGAACACUCGAAAUAUUUAAUGAAUUAGAACAAGAAGAGAAAGCGAAAAUUAGAAAAAACAAUUAUAUUGAAUUUUCUCACUUGUCUACACUUAUUUUUCAUUAUAUUCAUAUGGAUUAUGGAGAACAACUUUUUUGUCGAGCUCAUCUUCCACAUCUAGUGGAACUUGUCAUUCGUAACGACGUAUUAUUAACAAUAAUCGAUCAAGAUAAUCAACAAGCUAGAAAUAAUUGUUUAAAUGUUGAAACACUUUUUAUUGUCGAACCAUGGAUUGAACCAACAAGUGUUCAUUUUAAAUUUUUUCCCAAACUAUAUAUGAAAAACUUGUAA